UAAAGGAGCAGAGGUCAGCUGUUGUGUCAAAUACUUCUUAUUUGCAUUCAACAUCAUAUUUUGGUUGCUGGGUGCUGCAUUCCUGGGUAUUGGACUUUGGGCUUGGGCAGAAAAGUUUCCUCAUAAAAACCUUAAACCGAGACGCUUGUGAGUAUAUGGGUGGCAUCCCUUAUUAAUUAAUUUUCAUAGCAGUUUAAUAUCACUGUAACACAGGGCUUUGACAGUAAGCGUUUGGUUUUGUGUGACUCUUCUGCCUCUGAUUUGUCGUUCCUCUCCAAAGGUCAACCUCGCUUUUUUGAUUCACGCCUGAAAGGUGAAUGUAAUUUAUUCACACUAAUUUGAGGUGACACAACGAAUCUGAAAGUCAAUUGGCUGAUAAAUAAGGUGGAAAUUGCUCCGGUCGGGUGCUUCAUUCAUUGCUCUGACACUUGUAGACCAUAUGGCACUUAUGUGUAUUAAUAUCAUCCAAUUACAGGACGCCUCGCUCUCACAAUGUAAAUUAUUAAUAUUGUGGUUCAUUUUUAAUUAGCAAAACGUUAAUCAUGGAAAUAAAGCAUUAGGAGUUAUUUAAUUUGAUGCAAAUUAUCUUCAUUUUAAAUAAAUGUUGAAACUUCGUAUAGCUCUGGUUUUACAUCAUUAUCAUAACACACCAGGAAAACAAAAACAUAGAAAACUAUGUUUAUAUUCAUUGUCAGCAUGGUUUGUUAUGAAGUCACACUAAGAUUUGACACUGGUGUACAGAGCCAACUUUGUCUGAACAAAUGCGAAGGUUUGGCAGGUGGUGGAGGAUUUUAAGGUCAUGCUAUAAACUCACUGCAAUUCUGUCUGAUCCACAGGGAGUGCUGUCAAACCUUUCCUCCAUCACAGAUCUGGGCGGUUUCGACCCUGUAUGGCUCUUUAUCGUGGUAGGGGGGGUAAUGUUCAUCCUCGGAUUCGCCGGAUGCAUUGGUGCGCUCCGGGAAAACACAAUCCUGCUCAAAUUUUUUUCCGUGUUUCUGGGUCUCAUCUUUUUCCUUGAGCUCACUGCUGGAAUUUUAGCCUUUGUGUUUAAAGAUUGGAUCAAAGACCAGCUGAACUUCUUUAUCAACAACAAUGUUAAAGCGUAUCGAGAUGACAUCGAUCUUCAGAAUCUCAUUGACUUUGCUCAAGAAUAUUGGUCGUGUUGCGGUGCUCACGGGCCGAACGACUGGAAUCUGAACAUCUACUUCAACUGCACGGAUUUAAACCCCAGUCGAGAGAGAUGUGGCGUUCCUUUCUCGUGUUGUGUCAAAGAUCCUGCGGAGGAUGUCUUGAAUACACAGUGUGGCUAUGAUGUCCGGCUUCAAGGGGAGCUGGACCAGCAGAGGUACAUCUACACCAAAGGUUGUGUGGGACAGUUUGAAAAGUGGCUUCAGGACAAUCUCAUCAUUGUGGCUGGGAUUUUCGUGGGUAUCGCAUUAUUACAGAUUUUUGGGAUCUGUCUGGCUCAAAACCUUGUGAGUGACAUCAGAGCGGUGAAAGCAAACUGGUGACCGUUUACAGGUUAUGGCUGAGAGAGUUGAUUGGUAAAGGAUGACUGUUUACACGUCACUGAGCUGAGAAACGUCUCUCUGGAGGAUUAAUGUAAGCUGACCCUACAUCUAUACAUCUACUUUCUUUUUGUGUGUGUUUUUCUAAAGACAAGCUCUUAGAGAAACUUCUCAGACACAGAUAUCAUUGAAAUAGAGAUGAGAUCGCUCUCACAACACUACUUCAUAUCAGACUCUUCUUGUCACUGGAGAAUAAUGUUACAUGGAUGAUAUUUUAACUAUAACCUGUGGAGAACAAACCUGAAUCAACCACUGAGACAUUUAAACCGAGGAGCUAAAGAAAGCAAAGCCUUACAGCAGCACACCACCGGCUUCAGCUUCCUUUGUGGCCUGCUGUCCGUCGGUCAUUCCAGAUGAUGGAUGCUCGGACUCUUACCUCUGAUUGGCCCUCUGGGAUGUCCAAUCAGAGCGACGUACUUGACACGUUUAUUUUUGUGAUUUUUAGCACUACUGUUGGGGAGGUGGAGAUCUGCUCUGCUUUUUGUCUGUGCGGCGAUGUUUGGCUUUUUUCCCUCGGAGUAUAAAUAGAUUUAAACCGCUGUCCCAGACUCGCUGUAGUUUAUUUCGCUACUCAUAACAGUAUGCUAUAGUGACACUAACAAUGUAUUAUUAUAAAUAUGAUGCUGCUGCUUUAAGAUAUACAUCGCUAUACUAACCAACUGAACUUUCUAUGAGACAUUUCCUUCUGGAAGGAAGAAAGAUGCAGUACAGAUGCCGCACACAAACACACAGAUCCAAUCGAGAAAGCGGUAAGACUUUCUAUCCAUGCUUAUAAUGAAUUAUAGCCCCUUUAUAAUCAUCUAGAAAUAUAUUUAUAAAGUCACAACAACACCUACACUCCAUUAUAAGAACAGUUGCAGUUACAUUUAUAAUAUUUUUAUUAUUAUGCAUUUGCUUUAUCAUUGUGCAUGCUCAUCAUCCAUUAUACACUGAUUUAUAAGUAUUCAUUACUCUGUUGUGUACUUCAAUGAGUGCAUUUAUAAAGACACAGCCUGCAUUGUUAUAUAUUGUCAUUAUUACAACUUAUUAGUAAUGCAAAUGUAGUCAAAUAAGUGAAUUGUUUUAUAUUGAUGUUAAUAGCCAUGUCAUUAUACUUGUAUAAGUAAUACAGUUAUUAACCUCUGUAAAUGCAUUACUGAUGGCUUUAAGUAAAGUGAAAGCAUAGGAUACAAAUGUUAGGAAAUCACGAGGAUGUUAUUCAUUAUCCAGUUUGCAAAUUUACAAUAAUGGCUAUAAUGAAGUAAUGAAAAUACAGAAAUGCUAUUAAUACAAACAGUUGCAGUUUAAAUCAUAGUAAAACACAGCGACAUUAUUUUUUUAAUGAUUAACAUCUUCAUGAUUUCAUUAGUUAACUGUAUCCCAUGCUUUCACUUUACUUAAAGUCAUUAAUAAUGCAUUUAUAGAAGUUAAUAACUGUAUUAUAAGUAACUCACAACAUGGCUAUUAACAACAAUAUAAAACAAUUCACUUAUUUGACAAAGAAUUAAAAAUAAAUAUACUGUAAUGUCAAUGCAGGCUGUGUCUUUAUAAAUGCACUCAUUGAAGUACACGACAGAGUAAUGAAUACUUAUAAAUCAGUGUUGAUAAAGCAAAUGCAUCACAAAUAUUAUAAAUGUAACUAUAACUGUUCUUAUAAUGAGGUGUAGGUGUUGUUGUGACUUUAUAAAUAUAUUUAUAGAACAGUAAUAAAGACCUACACACGAUUCUAAAGAGGCUAUAAUUCAUUAUAAGCAUGGAUAGAAAGUCUUACCGGCAGUAACACAUAGCAAACACGCUCACCAAACUGAAGUAUAUUUGAUUUACUCUUGACUCACACGUUCUCAAUCUCUGCAUGCUGUCAGUCAUUAAAAACGCAUGCUAACGCAGACCUCUUCAUACGCACACAUCCACUGUAUAUACUGUAUGUGUGAGUGUGUAUCUAACACAUUAUAUCUAUACCAUACCUGUGCUGUACUAAUCCUCUAUGUUAUGAGAGUAUAUAUUGAGCCAUGACCUCCAAAAUCAUAUAGAAAUGAACGUUUUAGCAGUGAAGUGUGAAGGUAAUCUGGUCAAAUGUGAGAUUUCUCUUCUAUGGGUGGAGUUUGGGAGGGAGGGGCCUAUUUCAUUUACUUCCAGUGUAUAUAAGAGACAAAUCUAUACAAAUACAAGACACAUUACAUGAUGACAAUGAGGAUUUUGUGCUACAAGAACACGUCUGGCGUAUAUUUCAACCCAAAAUCAAAUGUCGUGAUGAAAAUAAGCUUACUUUAUGAAACUUACAGUAUUAAAAUGAGAUACUAUGGAUAUCAUCAUAUUACUGUUUUUUAUUGUUGUUUUUUUACUGCAAAACAAGCAGUAGUCAACACUAGGAAUAAUUGGAACUGAAAAAAAUCUAAUGUAUUUAUACAUUUUAUUAACAAUAAUCAUUUUGAUUUUGGGAUUAAUUGUGAACUGGACAUGUUUUUGUGAGAUUUGGUUAAAUAUUGUGUUUUUGAAGAAUUUCUUUCGCUCUGUUUUUUUGUCAUGUGGCCUUUAUCAUGCAUUCAGAUCCUAAUGUUACUUUGGCUCUUGCAAAUUACGAAUGUUUAUAUGACUUUACCUUUGAAAGUGCAAUGCAAACGCUGAAAUGAGUAAUGUUUGUCAGACACACAACUGAAGAAAGCAUCCUAACUCGUGUGUUUGUGUGGUGUAUUCAACAUUCCUUCUGCAUGCCUUGGAUUAAUCUUUUUAUGAAGUGCAUUUUGACUUUAAGCAGUUUGUGUGUGCUGAUUCAUCAAAACCGUUCUGAUGAUGGUAAAAACUAGUCUACUAGUCCCAGAGGGCUGUGGUAGUUAAUAAUCAUUUCAAAUGUUUAUAAGCACAGGAGCUAAAGUUACUUUCAUUCAACCAAUUUACACUUAACUUUUGUACAGAACGUUUAAGGGUUAAUUCUGUGUCAAUGCACAUAUGAAUAUCUAAGAUGUAGUCUUAGUCUUUAUGCUUGACAUGACACUUGUCACUUUUAUGCGCUUUGAACUUUGAAUUGCGAACGCCUUUAAGAUGUUUUGUUUUGUUUUGUUUGGUUUGGUUUGAUUUACAUUCCCUUGUUAGUAGUUAUAAAAGUGUCUUGAUAGAAAUCUUUGGAUUCUACCUCAUGAUGGAGAAAUGACUCAGAUGAUGAAUAUUAUAAGAGUCAUAACUCCAGUACAGCCAUUCUUUAACAUGACACUAAAUGAUGAUCGCAGGAGUUCAGUUUUUAGUUGCUGUUUUUGGUUUAUUGUUAAAGCUGAAAAAUAAGUCAAGGAAUGCAAAAACAACACAAAUGCAGAUUUAUUUGAAUGGUGCAAAUGACUCUUUCUAAAGUUCCAGUGUGUUUUUUAUUAAGGAUUGUUUGUUAAAGCUAUUCUAGUCCUUUAUGGACAGCACUAUUUCAGGAUUCUGACGUCCUGUCAAACUGAGGACUUAACUAGUUGAUCACUACAUACCCUCCUCUUAAACUGGACAAUGAAUAUAUUGCACUUGUAAAACUAAAGCAUUUGUUCUUUUCUUUAUUAAAUGAUUGUACCAAACUCAUUACCGUCUUUCUCUCUAGAAACCAUUUUUAGAAAAUUAAGAUCAUGAGUCAAGAUGGUGAUUGGUAACAUCAAUGCCACUGUUCUUCUGUAGUUUUGUUUGUGUUUUUUGUUGAACGAGACUUUUCUCGUGGGAAAUGUGGUCUAUUACACUGUAUGUUAUAAGAUAUUUCAAGCUUUUUCUUUUUCAUAAUAAAACUGAAUUACAACA